GACCAGGCUAAUUUAUCCCAAUCCUCCGGCGAAUCUUCUGUUUUAUUCGAGGCGGCAAGCCUCCUUCUUAUGCCUCUCGACAUUAUCUCUCGGCAGCUCGGCUCAAUUCGGCCUCUUGGUACCUCCGAUCCUCCUUGUGGGCCUGAUGCUAACACUGAAGGUCUAUCCACAAACAUUUCCACCCUACAUUUUAUGCUUGGCGAUGUGUCUCACGGUCACCCAACUGCACAAAUGGCCUCAGUCAACUUGCUUGAUCGACUACUGAGUCUAUUUUCCGUACCGAUCGAUGCAGGUUCAGCUGAUGGCAGUAGGACCAAGCGUAGCCUUCCCUUCUCAGGAGUCACGGCUAAGAAGUUACUUGAAGAUUUAUUUAAGCAAAACAUCUUGGAGUAUUUAAUUGACAGACUAACAAACGAGCUCAGUCUGCUUGAGAAACAUUUGCUGGGCCAGACGCUUACAGACAAAUUAGACAGCAGUGAUGGUGCUUCAGUUACUGGGAUUCAAUUUUCUGGUGGCAAACAAACUACUACUGCUGCUUCCGCUUCUGCCUUCUUCUUCUCCCAAGUGGUCCUUGCUUUCUUCUGUCGCAUAGCCACCCACCCACACGGAGCAAAGGUAUGUGAACCAUUGUGCGAUGUUAUUUAA